AUGGACCGCCAAACUGCGAGUGGAGUUGGGGCCGCGAGACCAAGUUGGGAGACCGAGGGGCUCCGCGAACACCGCGGCCCGUCCGGCCUGGCCCGGCCCCGGUCCUGCCCUACCCUGCCCGGCCCGACCGGGCCGGCGGCCACGCUCGCUACCGGGACGCACCCGGACGCGCGCUCCCGUUCGCCGCAGCCGCCCGGGCCGGGGCCGCCGCCGCCGCCGCCGCCGCCGGGAGCCCCCGCCCCGGGGCGGGGCGCGCGGGCCCGGGGGAAGGGGAGGGGACAUGGCGCGUUACCUGGGCUCGGGCGCCGCUCUCCUGCCGCGGCUCGUCGCUCCCGGGGAGCCGCCUGGGGCGCCCGCCCGCUCGCUCCUCGGCCCCCGCCCCGGCCGUCCGGGCCGGGCACGGCAGCCCCUCCUCGGCGCCGCGGCUCGCGCGGGCCGGGCCGCCUCGAGCUCCCGGGCGGCCCCGCGACGGGAGGGGUGGGGGAGGGCCUCUCCCGCGGGACGCCCGCUAGCCCUCACCCGCGCUCCCGCCCCCCCCGGACGGCCGCAGGGCCGAGAACGGAGCGGAAAGGACCUCCGGAGCCGAGCCAGUGGCGGCGAACGCGGGCUCCGCCACCCGAGCCGCUCCGUUACCGCAGCGGCGACGACGACCAGGGCCGUGUUGUUGCUGCCAACUUGUCGGGAGGACACUGA